GACAAUUUGAAACAAUGACGGAAAUGACAGUGAAAGAACUUGGGGAACUUGGCUAAUUUGUUUCCGUCAUAAGUUAUAAAUAAAUUGUUAUUCUGUUGAUAUUUACUGUAGUUGUUGUGCCAAAAUGCGUAAUUAAGUGAUACAUAUCGUAAGGUACGUUAUUGCAUGGUAAAAUCAAUUCCGAAGCGGCCUGUAACCCUUGUCACUCUAUUGAAUGACCCUAGUGUCAAAAGAAUGAUGGAAGGUUAAUAGUUUUCAGAGUCAAAGUUCUCCAAAUAACGCAUUACGCUUCGACUGAUUAUCGAAAUUGGCUUGAUGCAAUCAAAUUUAUCAUAGGACAUAAACAUUUGCUAGCAGAAUUAUUUUAACAUAAAGUACGACAUGUUAUUUAUUAAGUUUGAUAAGACUGAUAACUCCGUCCUGUUUGUUUUGCUCAGCAUGCUUGUCCCCUUUAUUAUUAACAGUUUGCAACCGCAUGCCUAGUGUAGAGUUUCCAUUAUUUAGUGUACUAAGUGCUUCAAAAUUAUUGUCAACAUGCAGUCUUGUACUGGAGUAGAUGCCUCAAGUAUGGGCUCUGUUUGGAAGAGACUGCAAAGGGUCAACAAAAGAGCCGCCAAGUUUCAAUUUACCGUCUCCUACCAUCAACUCGCAGUGGAAUUUACUCCUAAAUGGGAACCACACAAAAUACUGGUAGUAUGGUCGAGACGAUCGAGAAGGGUAACUUCGGUACCUAUGGAAUGGGAAAGAACUCUGCAAAGCCCUUAUAAAGGGUUGGUAGUAUGGCCUGUUCCUGAAAAUCAUCAAGUAGCAGUUACAUUAUUUAAAGAUCCUAGAACAAAUGAACUUGAGGAUAAAGAUUGGUCGUUUAUCAUUGAAGAUGUGCCUCUAGCGGGGAAGAGGAGACAACUUGCCAUAGCGCAUGUCAACAUGCGAAAAUAUGCAAGUAUAGAAUCAACGCAAACUGAACUUCAGAUAAAUUUCAAACCGACUACCAAAAAAAUUUCCAGUGCCAAAUUAGACUGUACUCUAUCAUGCGUGUUCCUUAGAGAAGGAAAAGCAACGGAUGAAGAUAUGCAGUCUAUGGCUUCUUUAAUGUCUGUAAAUAACAACAGUGAUGAUAUUGCUGCUUUAGAAGACAUUGAAGAUGAAGAUUUUUCGACAAGCGAUAAUGCUAUGAAGAAUAGCAUACAUGAGGUUACACAACAUCUUCAACUGAUGACGAACAGUUUAUCUGGAUCAGAUUUUGCAAGUACUCCAAUUAGUGUUGCAAGUAUUGUCUUAGACGACAAAACACCUACGGCUGAAACAUUUUCACCUUCUAACGAAAUAGGUAAACCAGCUCGACCACUUUCAGUACCACCCCCGAAAGAAAGCGAUUUCGUUGUGAAUGAAAAAGAUAUAUACUCGGAACAGUGUACAGAAACUUUGGAUAAUCUGGAAUUGAUUGCCGAAGAAGGAGACCCGAGUGAUCCUGUUCUAAAAUCGACAGUGGAAAAUGAGAAACCAAAAAUAGUAGACGUUGACAUGAAGAAGAACGUUAAUUUGCAUUUGCAAUUGUUAGAAUUGAAAGAACAAAUCGAAACGCCUAAAAAUCAACAAAAACUUAGUACCCCAGGUCAAGAUUUAUUGGAAUGGUGUAAGGAGAUGACAAAAAAUUACACAGGUGUUAAAGUGACAAAUUUGACUACGAGUUGGAGAAACGGAAUGGCAUUUUGUGCUUUGAUACAUCACUUUGAACCAGAUUUAAUUGAUUUUGAUUCAUUAUCACCACAUGAUGUUAAAGGAAAUUGUAAGACAGCGUUUGACGCCGGAGAUAAACUCGGUAUACCAAGAGUGAUUGAACCAACAGAUAUGCAUAUGUUGGCGGUUCCUGAUAAACUGGCUGUUAUGACAUACCUCCAUCAACUUCGUGCUCACUUUACAGGACAUCAGUUAGAAGUGCAACAAAUCGGCAAAACUGCAGAAGAAUCCAAUUACGUUAUAGGGAAGUUCAAUACUGACAAAGAUACAGAUAUCACUAAGCAAGUUUUUGGUCAAGAAAUAAUGAAUCUUCGAAAAUCUAAACAAUUUAAAAAACAGGAUAAUAGUAAAGAAGUGGAAAUGAAUCUUGCCAAUAAGAUAGAUCAAAAAGGGGAUGCUUCAAAAUUGAGAUUACCUUUAAAAAUGACUACUGAGCCGGAACCUGUUAAAGAAAAUAAACAAAAAUCUCCUACUAUCGUCAAGGAUGUUAAAAAUAUUAUUAAUAAGGUGAUUCCAUCUCCUGUUAAAGAUAAACAGGAGAUGAAGAAAGAAGAAAAGAAACAAGAAGAGAAAAAGGAAGAAUCGAAGAAACCCAUACUAAUGACGAGAAGGGAAUUAACUGAUCCCUUCGGUUCUGACGACGAAGAUACCUCCCCGGUACAAAACUGUGUUACAGAUAGUAAAAUUGUAGAAGCAAAUGGUGAUAUUAACAAUAAAUUAGAUGUAGGUGAUAACAGAGAUAGCGAUAAAAAGGACGAUCUGUUUACAGAUUUGCCAAAACCAAAUCCACAAAUACUCAUGAGGCAUUCAGAACAAAGAGAAAGGGCUCGGAUUUUGCUUGAGAAAGUGAAUAAAGAAGGAUCAAAUCCAACUUCACCUUCAAGGUCUGAAGAAGAUAGGCAAGCAAUCCUUCGCGAAAGGGCGAAGAAACUCAUUGCCGAAGCAAGAAGAGGAUCUGGUUCCACUAUGGAAAUAAUCAAAAUUAGUCCAGAUUCUUUAAGAACGUACGUAGAAACCGAUGAAAAAAUAAAAAAAUUGGAUAACGAUAUCCAAAUAUUAGAACGACAGAAUAGUACAGGUUCUGAAAAGAACGGUAAUAUAUACUCAAGUAAUGUAAAUAAUUUAGAGGAUUCCUCUGUGAAAUCUAGUCCAAUCGAAAACGGCAAAGAGAGAAUUACUCCUGAUAGGUUACCAGAUGCAUUAGGUUUGAAAGAGAUGGGUAUAGAUGUACAUUCGUGGAUAGAUAAAGAAAUGGAAGACCUCGAAAGAGAACAAAGAGCUAUAGAUGAACAAGCUGCCAUUUUGGAAAAACAACUCCGAGACGUAAUGGAAUCGAGGGAAAAUAACGUCGAAGAGGAAGAAGCGCUCAUGGCAAAAUGGUUUAUGUUUGUCAAUAAAAAGAACGCUUUGCUAAGGCGGCAGAUGCAACUUAAUAUUUUAGAAAAAGAAGCCGAUCUUGAAACGAGGUAUAAGAUGUUAAAUGAAGAACUACAAAAAAUUGCGUCGAUUGAAGAUUGGAGGAAAACCGAAGAGCAACGUAACAGAGAACAAGUUUUACUUGACGAAUUAGUUCAAAUAGUUAACAAGAGGGAUGAACUAGUGCAUCAUUUAGAUAGUCAAGAAAAAGCAAUUGAGGAUGACGAGAUAAUCGAAAAGGAUCUAUCCCACAUCGAGUUACCAGCAAAACAAAACUGUGUGAUAUCCUAAUUUACCUUUGUAUACUAAUUAAUUUCAGGGAAAGCAUAAAGAAUAGGAAGAUGUUUGGUAUGAUUUAAAUUUUUUGUUUAUAUGAAAAGGAAUCAUUGGUGCUUCAUGUGAUAUAAUAUUAAUUUUCUUUUUAAAUAUUUUUGUGGGAUGGUUUUCGAAUGAGUCUAAUAAAUAAAAUUAAUACACAA